AGCAGCGCACAGCCCUGCCCGACACGACUCUUUAAAUCUUCUUUCCCCCACCACCACACAGCGGCAAUGUUCGAUGACAGAGCCUAAUAAGGCCGUCCAAGAUGAGGAGCUCGAAGCACUUCGCGCAAUCUAUAUGGAUGACUGGCACGACAUUCCAAUCAAGAAGACAGCAUGGGGAACUGCUGGCGAGGCCGGGUGGUGGGAGGUGCAGCUGCGCGCUAUGGAUGAUCCGCGCGUGAGCGUCAAGCUCAAGGGGCGGAUGACGAAGAACUACCCAGACCAGCCGCCGCCCCUCUCCCUCAUCGAGCCGGUCAAGCUCACCGCGGUACAUGUCAAGACACUUGCGAAACUACUACAGGAGAAGGCGAAGGCGAGCGCCGGCGCGCCCAUGAUCUUUGAUCUCAUAGACGUGGUGCGCGAGUUCAUAUCGGUCAACCAUAUCCUGUUGCCCAAACCAGGCGAGCCAGAGCCGACAUUGAUGGAGGAGAUGGCGAUACGAGAAGAGGCCCAGAAGGCGGCCGAAGCGGCACAGGUCGAAGCAGACAGGCAGCAACGGCGCGCCCUUGCAGCCGAGCAAGACCGGCUGUUGAACGAGAAGAUCAUCCUCGACGCGUCGAGGCGUGAAGAGAAGGCGCGACAGGCGAUGCUUGAAGCGCAGCAGAAACAGCGCAACGAGAACCUCGCGACCCUCGCCGACGGCGAGCUCGAGACGCGCGAGCUGAUUCUUGACUCGCCGAUCAGUGUGGAGGGGCACGAGGGCGAGUGGGCCGCCUGGACGUGUUUCGGCGGACGCCGCGAGGCCAUGUGGACGAGCUACACCGCCGAGCCGAUCAGCACGGCCGGCUUCGUGACCGCCUCCCCACCGUCAGUCACCGUCCAGGUCAUCGACUUUAGCAAGAACUACUACCUCGGCACGCAUGGCCAGAAGCGCAUCGACUCGGUCGUGACGGAAAUCACGCGCGUCAAGGGCGUCGUGUCGGAGCACGUCGCGAGAAUAUACGCCGUGCAGCGCACCAAGAGUCCCAAGGGAUGGGAGCGGCUCAUUGUGGUCGUGGAGCGCGUCGCAGAGGGAGGCAAGCUGAGGAACUGGCUCCCGAAGAACGGCUUUGGGGAGGAGACGGCAAAGGAGUACAUUACGCAGAUAUUGUCUGGUCUUGCAGAUCUCCACCGCAACCACCACUCGCAGAAACAACUCGACACCGACCUCGUCCUCAUCAGUUCUCAGAACCCAGGCGAGGUGUGCCUCAAGAUGUUUGGCACUGGUUACGCGCGCCGCAUUGCAGAGUAUCACCGCUCGAACCCCUUCCUCAAAACCUUGCCGGACGCAUACCCAGACUCGUGGCUAUCCCCGGACGAGAUUGACUCGCCGACGUCCGCGUCGCCGAAGCGUGAUAUCUGGCAAGCGGGUCUAUUGCUGUUGCAGUUUCUGUUCGGAAAGGACUGUCUGUGGACGUACCCCGACCUCCGCACUUUGUUGGAGCAUGCACCUGGAGGCGUCUCACCGCUGAUCACUACGCUCCUGAGCGGGCUUCUCAACCCUUCACCCAAGAAGCGUCUGUCAGCCGAGGAGGCGUUGGUGAAGAUUCGGUCAGAAGAAGAGUCAACGCGUCGACCGCUUCGCGCCCUUCCAAGCCACAUGUCCCUCCCCGGCUCCGCAACUGCCUCGGCCAGUUCGAGUAUCCAUCAGUCUCUUGGCACGUCCCCGGUGUUUGGACAAGGAUUCUCUUCUUACAUCCCAGCCUUCCCUGUGCGGCCAGAAGCGUCACGAUACCGAACAGACUUUGAGGAAGUUGAAUGGCUCGGCAAGGGAGGCUUUGGCGAAGUCGUGAAGGCUAGGAACAAGUUGGACGGACGCCCAUAUGCUAUCAAAAAGGUCAAGCUCCGUCCAGAAGAAGACUUUGGCCGCGUGCUUCGCGAGGUGCAAAGUCUCUCCCGAGUCAGCCACCAGCACAUUGUUCGAUACUACGGCUGUUGGCGAGAAACGGUUGGUCAGGCCGCGGUUGCUCCGUCCCCGGGAGGAGUCGACUCGAUUGGCACGCCGUCGGCCGUCACCUCAUCCAAUGUGUCGUCGGCGAGUGAGCCUGGCGAUCCCUUGGCAAUCAACUGGGACGAGUCCCGACUCAAUCGCUCGCGGAGCCAAUCAUUCCCCCGCAUCCGCUUCUCCGCGAACGACGAGGAGGACAGCGAGGACGAGGACGAUGAAGUGACGGAUGAGAGCAAUGGGAACGGACAAUUCGGACAGUUCACCCGAAUGAGGGACGACACGGAUGAUUCGGACAGCGACGAGAGCGACACGACCAGCGAGAGCAGCGGUGAUAGCGAGGACAGUGCAGGCAGUGCAAGGACCGUUGGCGACCCCUCACAGUCUCUCAAGCGCGGCCGCCCACCAACCAAGGCGGUUCCCAAACCUAUUCCUGUCGUCAGCGGCUCCAAGCCUUCCGCGUCCUUUGCAACCACGACGACGGACGAUGGGAGCGUACAGGAGAUCCUGUACAUCCAGAUGGAGUUUGUGGAGAAGCAGACACUCCGUGAAGCGAUCACGGAAGGUCUGUCUGAAGAGGAGACGUGGCGUCUGCUCAAGCAGAUCCUCCAGGCCUUGGCCCACAUGUCUAGCUUGGGCAUUGUACAUCGAGACCUGAAGCCGUCGAACAUUCUUUUGGAUACGACGGGAAACGUCAAGAUUGCAGACUUUGGCCUGGCGACCACAGAUACGUCGUCUGAGAACCCAACAGGGUCGGUUCAGGCAUCAACUGAGGUGUCGGACCGCACGUCCAACAUCGGUACCAGCCUGUACAUUGCCCCAGAGGUGUUGUCGACCCGGGAAGUGGUUUCGACCAAGUCAUAUGAUGAGAAGGCUGACAUGUACUCGCUCGGUAUCAUCUUCUUCGAGAUGUGCUUCCCGUUCAGCACGGGUAUGGAGCGUGUGCAGACCAUUACAGAGCUGCGCAAGUCGAGCUGGGCGUUCCCCGCAGCAUGGCCACCCACCCUUAUGCCCAAGCAGCGUGAGAUUAUCUCUCUCUUGCUGCGGCAUGACCCGACGCAUCGACCCAGGGCCACCCAGCUGCUUGAUGGGCCCCUCGUUCCCUCCUCUGAUAAGGAGGAUGCGGUGUACAGAGAAGUCAUUGGCGAAGUCACCAAUCCCAGAUCGGAGAAGUACUCGCAACUCGUCGACGCAUUGUUUGAGUCACACGCAAACUCGUUCAGAAUCGACACCCGCCUCGACGACUACACGUACGACACGGAAGACAAUGAUGGUCUCCAUGUGUGGAUCACUGGCACUGUCCGCCGAAUCGCGGACCUGUUCCAGCGCCAUGGAGCUGUGCAUGACGCCCUCCCACUCCUCAUCCCCGAGACGACGCUGCUCAGCUCGUUCCCAGAGCUCAACCCGGCAAGGUUCUUGGACCCCAACGGCAAAUUUGUCCAGCUGCCAUCGUCAAACCUCCUGGCCAUGGCUCGCAACGCCUCGCGGCGAUCAAUCGAACGCAUCAAGCGAUACCACAUCGGCCAACGCUACAGGGAGACAGCGGCGGGCGGCCAGCCGAGCAGCUCUACCGAGCUGUGUUUCGACAUCAUCUCACCACUGCGCUCGCAGUGUGCGGAGGCUGAGCUGCUCGACGUCGUCGACAAGGUUAUCGCCGAGUGCCAGGGCGGCAAGGUAGCCAGUUUGCAUGACUAUGAGAUUCAUGUCAGCCACGAGAGUGUCCUGGCGACAAUAUUGGCGUCUGCUCCAGUGUCCGUUCGAUCCCGUGUGCUCAAGGCGUUCAAAACACCCACCACAGGCGUGUCGUUUGGAAGUGCCCGAGCCUCGCCCUUUGGAACAAUACCAGGGCUUCCUAGGAACAUUGCCAACGACCUGGAGCAGAUCAGCGCUCCUGGAGAAUUCUUGGCGGUGAGAAAGAAGAUUGAGGCUACCUUCUCCGCAUCGAGAAGAAAACUGUCAGCCGCGUUGGACGAGAUUGCCGAGGUCAUCAAGCUCGCUCGCGCAUGUGGCGUCAACAGGAAGAUCUUGUUUCGACCUACUCUGUCGCGGAAUGCCGAGUACUUCCGCGGCGGCUUCAUGUUCGAGGUGGUUCGUCGAGGAAAGCAUGGCGAGGUCGUCGCCUAUGGUGGACGGUACGACUCUCUGCUGGAGCACUUCAAGGAGCCGGCCAUGCACACGAACAAGGUUUACGGCGCAGGCAUGUCGGUCGCAGUCGACCCACUGGCCAAGAUUGUCCGCAAGCAGGAGAGUGCACUAGCUGAGCGCUUGAUGGUCAAGGCCAACGAAGAUGAGCGAUCGUUUGGGCUGUUCUCCCCAACUCGUUGCGACGUCUACGUUACGGCCACUGGCCAGGCAGACUUGGAAGUGCGUCUCGGUAUUGUGGGUGAGCUCUGGCGUGCUGGUGUGCGCGCAGACUUGCAGUACGACGACGGACGGCCCCUAGAAGACGUGACACAGGAAUGCUUGGACCAGAAUAUCUUGUUCUUGGUGAUUGCCCGUGCACGCCCUACCAUGAAGGUUCGCAACGUCUUGCGCCGCUCAGAAGAGGAAGUUCCUCGCAACGAGCUCACUGCAUGGCUCCGUAAUGCGAUCUCGGAGCAGCGCAAGGUCGAUGCCUCGUACGCUGUUCAAGAGGGUUCGGUUGCCGUCUCGAAGGAGAAGGACCUACCCAUUGACGGGUCCGCCAAGCCUUCAGACGUUGACAUCAAGCUUGUCCUGCCACCCGACCCGGUGGUUACGCGUCAGACAAAGGGCAAGGCGAAGCGGACGCACCGACAUGCGUCAAAGAACGUCUACUAUGACAAGGCACUCGAGUUUGCCGCUUCCGUCAAGUCGACGCUCCCCAUCCUGGGCGUCGACCUGCACCCCACCGACCUCGUAUGUCAGCUCGCCCACGACACGGCGUGGGUCAUGGAGGAUGAGGCAUGGCGCGCCAAGCUGUCUGCGCUGCCGACAUCGGACCGCAAGUAUGCCGAGUCGAUUCGCGAAGCGGUGCGAGAGUACCGCAAGACGGGGAACCUGUGGCUCUUCUCCGUCCGCGAUGCAAGGGGUUACCUCAUGCAGUUCACUCGAUAAUCGAUCAACACAUACACCCACACCCAGCUUCGUUCCAAUCCCACACCACUCACUGUAGAAGCGCCAAUAGAAGACUGCCCAAAUGCAUGUUAAUGGCUCUUG